CUCAAUUUAGAUCUACGGAAAGGAACUCUGGGUAAAAAUUAUCAAAACAGAAAAGUAGAAAGAAAGAAGCCUGACUGUUUCCUAAUUAAACAACAAAGCAUGUCUUAGGACAGAAGAAACUGAAAUGUGGGGUCAAAAUGAGGGCUACUUGCCCCUCAGUGAGAAUGAUGAGCCACUUCUCCAAAUGAUGGGCAGUCAGGAUCACCUUGAUGAUGAUGUAGUCCCUGAUGUACUGGAAACUCCAGAUGCAACCACCCCACGACCACCAUGUAGAACUGGUUGUCCUGAAUGGCUAUAUACUCUUAUUGCGCUAGGACUUAUCAUUAUCGUGUUGGUGUCCCAGGUCAUGUUAUUCAUGUGCACAUUCUUCUGGGUACCACCAAUACCAGAGAUUGACUUGUCCUUAAAGUCAUUCAACAUUCCAGAUCAUGAAGUGUCACUGCGUAAUGAUGCAUUGAAUCUCGCAAAAUCUGAUGCAUAUAACGCGGCUCACGGUCGUAAAAAGCGGGAUGUAUCAAAUGCUUAUAAAAGCUUGGAUGCUGCAGGACAGAAUGUACAAGACAGUGUAGAACAUAUGAACAAACUGUUUAAACACACAGUUGGAAAAUUCCCUAAUCUAGUUGGAAGAAAUGAACCUAAGACUGAAGGUCUGUUAGGUGUUAUUGGUGACUAUUUACACAGGUUUAGGAGAUCUGCAUCGAACUGUAAUAAUAAUGGUUACUUACAGUUACACCAUUGUUGGAAGCUAACUUUGGUAUACUUAGCCCAGGGUGAUGAAUCUAAGAACAUUUUUACUAAGGAGAGACUUGAAACUAUCCACAACAUCGAAAAAACUGUUGUGAAUCAUCCAAACUUUACAAAGUUCUGCUACAAAACGGGACGUUGUAACGAAGACAAAAGCAUCGAUGAACAUGGGAACUGUGCCCCUCUUAACAGCCUGCUAACCUACUUCUACCCAACUGAGGUGGAUGGCUAUCUCCAUUAUAACGGCUUGGGGGAUAAUCUCGCAGAUAUCAACAGUACCCUGACGUUUGCACUCAACCAUGAAUCAACUUACUAUUUCGUUGAUGAAGGAUUUAGCAAAAAGUCAAGAAAAAGUCACCUGAUGCGAAGUGAGGUUCAUUUUGGUUGCCCAUUGGAAGGAUAUGCCCACUCUCAUGACAGACGUGCAGAACAAAACCAGAAAUACCAUGACUUCGUCAUCAGCUAUAUUGAUGUCCUUAAGCACGCCUCCACUGAUAAGGUCCAAGUGCUGUACGGGAGUAAUGAGUUGUAUGACUACCAGGUGAAAGAAACAUGGAUCAAUGAUGUCAAACUCGCCUUCUUCAGUGUUGGCUUCAUCCUUGUCCUCAUGUACAUCCUCACCUCCUUCUCCAUGUGGUUGACUGUCAUUGGAUUCAUCAGCAUUAUUGAGAGCUUCCCCUUUGCCCUGUUUCUGUACUCUGUGGCAUUUAAGGUCCACUCACUGGGAAUUCUCAAUGGAGCUGCUGCCUUUGUUAUUGUAGGGAUUGGUGUAGAUGAUGUGUUUGUCUUCAUCAACACAUUCAGACAGGCUGAUCAUAUCACUGAUCUCAUGGACAGGAUCAAACAUACCAUCAAAAUUGCUGGGAAGGCUACCUUCUUCACAUCAUUUACAACAGCAGCAGCAUUUGCGGCAAAUGUGGCAUCAGCAAUCCCUGCUGUGCAUCAAUUUGGACUGUUCAUGGCCCUCAUUGUGUCUGGCUGCUGGAUUAUGGUGAUGAUUAAUAUGCCAUGUGCUCUCAUUAUCUGGCAUAGAUGUUUCUCCAAGUGUGAGGCUUUUUGCUUCAAACCAUGUAGAGGCAGGUGUCAAGGAAGCUCUGGGUUAGAGCUGCCACCGGAUAUCCAGCAAUUCUUGGAUGCAGGCAAACAGCAGCCAACAAUUGCUAGCUCUGAAUCUGACAGUGAUGAUGUACCUAUGCUGACCCUUGAUGAAUUUGAUGAACAAGCACUCCUCUCUGACACAGAUGAUAUGCCAUUGGACUUGAACUGGGAUCUGUCAAUCAGGACUCCCCUUCCAAGCACCAGCAAGAAGGAAGGCUGUAACAUGAUUGCUAAGCUUCAGGCUGCAAUGUACUACUACAUUGCUACCCCUGUUGUCAAGGCUAGAUGGGUAAUUGUAGGGCUGUAUAUUGUAAUACUGGGUGUGUCCAUUGGUCUGAUGGUCCAGCUGAAGCCUGCCACUAAACCUCCUCAGUUGUUUGCCUCCAGUACCAACCUACAACAACUCUUAGACCUGGCAGUGAAUAUGAGUGAUAAAUCCAUUUCGUGUGAUCGAUGUUCUGGAUAUUAUGAGGAGAAUCCAAAGUAUGUAGGUAAUACUGACAAGACCACAGUUAGGACCAACCCUCCAGUGAAGCCAACCUUAGGACCAGUCAAAGUUCAGCCUACCACUGUUGUACCUUCAACUGUGAAGCCUUCAACCACUAAGGGUCCUAUUCAAACAACAGAGGCUUCAUCUUUGAAAACUACGAAAUGGCCCUGGUUGACAUCUAGUGUAGAUGCUAAGACAAAACCUCAAACCAGAAAACCUACAACUUUGAUGACUACAACAACAACAACAACAACAACAACAAUUAGACCAACCAGACACCAUGAAGAUAGAAAAACACCAAAACCGACCCAAGCACCCAA